AUGUAUUUAGUUUGUGACAGACGUAAUUUACUUCGACAGGCCGGAAUUCACCUGUCCCGCCAAACAGUCACCAUUCAGCAGCAGAAUGCCAUGGCAGGAUGGGACUGGAACAGACGUGCUACCACAAAGCACAGCUGGUGGGUCGCUCCGGUCAGCCACCACCAGCCCACUGGCUCGGUUCAUAGCACCCCCACCCACCAAAUUAAGCCAAAUACCCUGGACCCGUUUGCCGAUAUUGGCAACCUGGGAAGCGGCCUUGGAGGAGGUUCUGGUUUCUCCAGCAAGCCCACCACCCCUACUGGAACCACAUCUUCUUUUCCGCCCAUGGGCUCCCCCAUCUCGCCCUCCUUCAUCCCCCAGCACACUGGCGGGUGGCAGCCCAAUGCAGGCGCUGGCUUCUCCUCUUGGCAGCCUGGUGGUGGGAGCGGUGGUGGUGGAUGGCAACCACAGGGGCAAGGCUCCACCCCUCAGCCAAAGCCCAGCCCCAGCCACUCCUCCUUGCCCCACAUGUCACCCCAGAACAGACCCAACUACAACGUCAGCUUCUCUGCAAUAGGAGGAGGGUCACCCAGUGCUGGGAGCAAAGUGCAGGCUGGCCAUGGGUUCUAAACCCAAAGCAUUGAGGCAAACUACUUGAUGACUGCUGUGUGGUCAGGGUUUUGCAGGGACCAAAGAGAAGAAAGGGCCCCGGACUAUAGCAGAGAUGAGGAAGGAAGAGAUGACCAAAGAAAUGGACCCAGAUAA